CCCGACUGCGGCAUCUGCUUACGGUUUAAGCUGGAUGGAGACUCGUUCGAACGUUGGGCUUCUUCUUAUUAAGAUCACUGCUCGACUACGCAUUGUCCACUAGCACACACACAUCGUUCUCCUCACCGUCGCCUUCUCCUCAGUUUCUGCUUCGACCGAAUCGUGGUAUUCUCCUCAUUCCAUGUUUUGUGUAACCAUCGUCGUGUAACAAACCAGCGUCGCGUCAUCCGACAGCUUGCUGAUCACCCCCGGAGUUGGAUCGGACCCGACACAUUCCUUCCAGGCGGGGAUUACGGACUUGUGAAGUUCCCGGGGACUUUUGCACAAUCUUACGAUUUUCCGUAAUGACAACGCGACGGUCAUGACAUUGCAGAUUUUUGGAUAAGGAACACAAGUAGCGUUGCAGCGCAGACUCGCCUGUGCGAGGCACAUUGCUGUAUCAAAAAACCAUCCACCGAAAACCACAUCAAUUCAUCUCCGCUCCUCGGAAUAAACACAAUGGAUCCAGAAAAGACGGGCAGCUGGACGGGGCGAGGUUCAGACCUAGACGAAAUAUACAGAGCACAACAUCACAAUAGUGAUCGGUCAUGGAUCGGCUCCCAAGAUCCAGAAAAGAGUGCAGCAUACGGUCACAAUCUCCACGCACCUUCACCUCGAGAUGAGUCGCGAAAAGAAUCCGUCGAAGUGCCGGAUUUGCGCUUCUCAAUGGCUUCAGACGACGGAAGUCUCGAUCUCGACCGGCCUCGAGAAUCAAUCGGACAGCGACUCGCUGUGCGACCACAUCCUCCCAGCAGAGGAGAAUCUAUACGGACACAAGCGACGGGUGCAUCAUUACCCGAACUCACACGGCGAGAGACCAAACUGGCGCAGAAGAAAGCACAUCCAUGGCAACAUAUAGGACUUACCCUCGGCGGGCCCAUGGUCCUCCUCUUCGAUCUCAUCAUCCCUUGCAUAAUCUACUACGUCUGGUGGAUCGAACGCCGUUCAAAUUGGGAAUCACAAUGUCGCUCCGAAUAUCCUAACCUCACACUACAACAAUGCCCAAUCGAGCUCAAAGCGUACAAUGACAAAAUCAUGGGUUACGCUGUAAUCUGCUUCGGAUUCGGCGAGUUAUGGAUCCUACUCGCCCGAGUCCACCGACUCUACUACCACCAGGAGGCAUGCGCACCGUUACUCAGCGGUCACCGCUGGGAACUGGACGCGACGAGUUGGGUCUACGGCUUCUCCAUGAUCCUCGCUCUCAUCCCGUUCGUCGUCUCGAGCACCCUCGAGCUCACCCACCUCUAUCUCUACUCGCCGACCUUUAUCAUGGGCUUCCUCGGCAUCUUAAUGGCCAUCAGCGCCUUCAUUCCCUUCAACCUCCCCAUCAACCUCAACUCGCAACCGCGCGGGACGAAAAUGCGUCCCUUCAUCUACUACGCGGCGGAGGAUUUCAUCGCCGUGGACGGCUUACAAGACCGCGAAUUCCGCGUGCGGUACAAUGAGCGGUACGAGACCAACCGCAUGUUCCGCAACUUCUUCUUCAACUUGACGCUCUGGUGGAUGCUGGGCGUGUGUGUCUAUGUGGGCGCGGUCAGCGCUGUCAUCUGGACGCUGCCGUUUGAGAUUGCGUUCGGCCUGAGUUUCGGCGUGCUGUUCUCGUAUAUUGCGACGUGGGCGCUUGUGACGUUCUUCUGGGUCAAGUAUGAGAUGGCUCGUGAGCAUCGCGCUUACGAGGCCGGUAUGAUUGAGGCAUAAGGAAGGGCUCCACUUCGGGUUAUAAUUUUUUAAUAGAUCUUGUCGGAGAAAGAAAUUGAAAGAAGACAUGACGAUCGACACACA